AGGCGGCUUUUUAAAAAGGCAGCCGAGCCCACGCAGCGAGAAGCGGUUGCGCGCGGAGCCCAUGAGAGGCGCGUCGGACUCGCUUGUUGCCAGCCUGGAUCGGUGUCGCAGCGGGGGCAGCGCGCGGGUCUCUUUUGCAAGCUCCGCCGCCACGCAGCACCGUCGGGCGGCAUGGAAUGCAAGCUGGAGGCGCACCGCAUCGUCAGCAUCUCCCUGGGCAAGAUGUACAGCGCGCGGGGCCAGCGCGGCGGCGUGAAGCUGCACAAGAACCUGCUGGUGUCGCUUGUCCUGCGCAGCGCCCGGCAAGUCUACCUGAGCGAGCUGGAUGGCUCCGGCGCGCCCGCCGCUGGCGCAGACCCUCUCCGGGUUGGAGAGCACUCGCCGCCGCCUCUUUUCCCUUCUCCCCCUCCUCGGGUCUUUUUGCAAGCCGAGCAAGCGACGGAUCCCCGGGCUUCCCCGUUGCCCAGGCGGCUCCCUCCGGACUGGGAGACGCCGCGAUUGCCGCGCUGCUGUUGCUGCUGCUGCUGCUCCGCUUUAGCGCGCCAGGCGGGUAGUAGCCGGCCGGCGGAGGCGCCUUCUCCCCCUUACUGCCCUCGGAAGCGGAGCGCGGCAGUGCCGGGCGAGGAGGCGGCGGCGAUCGGGAGCUCGCCCUUGAAGAAGCCCCGGCGGGAGGCAGAGGCGCCCGACGAGGAGGAGGACAUGGAGACGGGCAACGUGGCCAGCCUGAUCAGCAUCUUCGGCUCGAGUUUCUCGGGACUGCUCAGCAAAAAGUCGUCUUGCGGCGGCGGCAACCGGGCGCGGCUGCGGCGCCAGGAGGUGGCGGCGGAGGAAGAAGAGGGGGAAGCCGAGGAAGCGGCGGCCAAAGCGCCCGAGGCUGAGCCCGGGCAGAUCUGCUGCGACGAGCCGAUGCUUCGGAACCUGAACCCUUGGAGCACGGCCAUCGUGGCGUUCUGAACUUGGCCCGCGCUUCGAGGGCGGGGGGCGGGCGGAGGCGGACGCGCUAAUCCGGAGUAAGGCUCGCUCCGGGUCGCGGAGAGCGCCGGCCAGAUGGAAGCGGGGGACUCGCUUCGUGGAUUGCAAGUUUUCUCGGGGGAAAAGGGGGGGGGGAUCUUUUACAAUGGAACUGGAGCAGGGCAGGAUCCAGCACUUAAACCUUAACGUUGUUUUGGGUUUCUCCCCCCAGCUCCCGUCCUCGUUUGGCUGCGACGCUUCUUGCAGCCUGCAUGACGACGUUUCGGUUCGGGAUCCUCCCUGAAAUUGCUCUUUUUUAACCCCCCCCCCCCUUCCGUCCCCUCCAACAUUUCCCGGUGAAAGCUGUCGUGAAGGUCAUACCCUUGUGCUCAUGCCAGGCUAAGUAUGAUUCCCCCAGCAAGCAUAAAAAAAAAAAAAAAGAUUGGCACAUCCCUUGAUUUACUUGCAUUUGGGGAAGAGGGAGACGAUCCUAAACCGCUAGGUUGAAUUGAGACGGCGCUGUAAAGGUGGGGUUUUUUGUUAUUUCAACUGUUUACAGAUCUGAUGAUUCAAAGUCCACCCCCCCCCCGGGGGGGGCGUCUUUUGAGGACUCCCGGUCUUUGUUGUAUAAAGGCUCUUGGGAGAAGAGGGUCUUCGUGGAGGUUUUGUACAGUAUUCUUUCUCCGGUUUGUUGUGUGCCUGUGGGGUUGAUUUUUUUUUUUGUAUGAAAAUGUAAACUUUAUGUGUGUGACAGGUAUUAAAUAUUUUGAUGCUGUCCUA